GAACAUGACAUUUAUAGUAACACUGUGUUUAACUGUACUGGUGUGCGCAUUGCGGAAUGUCGCAGCAGACUGCAUGGAUCGCGAUUUCGACGCGCUGUAUAUGCGACCGGAAGGCGAACAAUGGCAGCAAAGAUGCGACACAUGUCAAUGCAAGAGCGGAAAGAUUGAAUGUAGUGGUGGACCGAAAUGUGACAUUCCUUACGAUUCUUUAUUACGACAUUCCUGUCUUGAGUGGACUGAUGAUAGCUGUUGCUGUAAAAGGAAAGGCUGUAAGGCCAAUGGUAAACAAUAUGACGUAAAUGAAUGGAUGCCAAUGGACCCCUCUGGAUGCCAAGUUUGUCAAUGUCAAGAAGGAUUUAGAGGCGAAUGCAAAGCUUUUCUUAAUUGCAUGCCUGUAGCUUAGUUUGUGUCACGGUGCAGCAAUAUUUGGGAGACGUACAAUAAAUCUAAAAAAAAAAAUUAAAUAUCA